AGACUGCGACCACACUGUAACGUAAACCUUCUCUUCAAAAACGACGAUGACUUCCCGUUUUCUGCUAAAACCUCUGAGAUUCAGUUCGCGUUUAAACGCCGUUAACCUAAGAAGUUACCGUGUAUCAGAGAUGAACUCUUCCGGUAGGGUUUCGAGUAACGGUGGCGGCGGCGAAGUUCGCUUCCCGUUAUCUGCGUCGAACGCUUUGAUCAUUCAGAAAGGUGAUAUCACGAAAUGGUCCAUCGAUGGUUCCACUGACGCAAUCGUGAAUCCUGCAAAUGAGAGAAUGCUUGGAGGUGGUGGUGCUGAUGGAGCUAUACACAGGGCUGCAGGUCCAGAUCUUCUUAGAGCAUGUCGGAAUGUUCCAGAAGUCAGGCCCGGAGUUCGCUGCCCCGCGGGGGAAGCAAGGAUCACACCAGGUUUCUUGCUACCUGCCUCUCACGUUAUUCAUACUGUUGGCCCAAUCUACGAUGUUGAUAGUAAUCCUGCUGCCUCUCUGGCAAGUGCUUACAGGAAUAGUUUGAGGGUUGCAAAAGAGAACAACAUUCAGUAUGUAGCAUUCCCAGCCAUAUCAUGUGGUAUCUAUGGAUACCCUUAUGAAGAAGCUGCUACUGUAGCAAUUUCUACCAUCAAAGAGUUCCAAAAUGACUUUAAGGAGGUCCACUUUGUUCUAUUCGAGUCUGAUAUUUAUGGCAUUUGGUUAAAUAAGUCGGAUGAAUUGCUGAAAGAUUAGUGACCUCUUGGAAAUCAAUCCACAGAAUUGAAGACUUGAGUCAUUUUGACUCGUUCAAGAAAUUAAUUAUAACAUUUUAGAUGGUUCUUUUGUAGGGAAAGGAUGUAAACUUAAUUGCACCGUAAUUGAUGUCAUGAUCUUUCUCUUGAUUAUCAUUUGCUAUAUUAUUCUAUAGAUAUGAGACUGGAAUUGCAAAUGAGAUUUAUCUAUAACUUAUAUGAAAUUUUGGGGAGUUUUUCUAGUGACUCCACAAUUAAACUUGA